CCGUAGCUUCCCUCGGAUUCCCUCAGUCACUUCUUGUCUCUCUCGUCUGUAAGGAACUACGCCCUCGCUCUCAGCUCCUUCGGUCUCUGCAAGGACGCACGCGCCCAACACGAUGUGGUCUCCGCUGCUCUUCCUCGCCGCCGGGUCCUGCCUCCUGUCUCUCACCACGCCAGCCAUCGUGAGCAGCGCCGACCCUCAGACCGUGACGAAGAACAUUGUGAAGAAUUCCUUGCCUGAACAAGCAACGGAACUCGAAACAACCCCAGGAAAUCUUCAAAACGCAUCCCUGAGUAAAAACUUAUACGACCUGACCGUUGAACUCCGGACUCUUAACCAGCUUUUCAGAAACUACAUUACGACGCUGUCAUGCCCUGCGCCCUUCCAUAUGCUGGGCUCCGAGUGCUUCGCCUUCCUUCUGGACGACAUGCCGUGGGAGACAGCGAGGACCAAGUGCCUGCAGAUGGGCGCUGACCUUGCCGAACCCGCUGACCUGACGCAACUCCGUCUCUACGUUGGAAAUCGCUUCCCCCGCAAGAGCGCUCGCAACUUCUGGAUCGGAGGCCACAGUCAGGACAAGAUCUGGAGCUGGCUUUCCGGAGAAUCCAUCGACGACAGGUUCUGGCACACCAACGAACCCUCGGGUAACGGCGAGUGCCUGGGUAUGUUUGACGGCUGGGAGGAGCCUCUGACGGACUUCCCCUGCGAGAAUGAGAGGAGGGCCGUCUGCGAGAAGCCCCUGGUGAAGUAAAAGAGGAAAAAAAAAGGAGGAAGGAAGGGACGACGGAAGGAAGGAAGGAAGGAAAGGAGGGAGUGAAGUAGUUCGGAGGGAAAGGAAGGAGUCGAAACGGUUUCGAAAAGUGAGAAGUCGAAGCGGUUUCGAGGCAAAGGAAGUGAAGCGGUUUUGGCUUCAGGAUUCGGGAGUAGGCCGUAGGAUCAUGUAGGUAGAACAUGUUGUGGAAACAUAUGUUGUUCUGUUGGUGGCUAUGACUCCGUGAUGUAUUCUGUUUCAUGAAUAAAUACUUGUAAAAUGGAA